AUUGGAUCUAACUUAUAGAGAACUACCAUGGAGCUCCAGAUUUUAUUAAUGAUUUUAGGUGUAUUAAAUUUUGCAAUCGCUGGCUAUAUACCGAUUGGUGAUCCUUGCUUAAACCAUCGUUGUAGUGAGAACAGCGAAUGCGUACCCAAUACAUGGGGUACUGGCUACUACUGUCAAUGUAAUGACUUAUGCUAUAGCGGGCCGUACUGUUCUACAUAUACAAAUCCAUGUUCUAAUGUAGUGUGUGAAAAUAAUGGACAUUGCCUUGCUGAGGGUUGUGAAUAUUGGUGCAAAUGUCCAAAAUGUUUCACCGGAAACACCUGCCAAACAUAUAAUAAUCCUUGCAAUGGAGUAAAUUGUAAUGGCGGUCAGUGCAAUAUAAUUUCGACAUUUACCGAAUGUUCAUAUUAUUGUACCAACUGUCCCCAAUACUACUCUGGAAGUUACUGCGAAAUAUAUAACCCAUGUGAAUCAUUUGAUUGUAAGAAUGGCGGGAAUUGCUACGUCAAUUAUUACGCACGUGAGGUUAGCUGUCAGUGCCAGGAUUGCUACUCAGGAUCACACUGUGAACAAUAUGACAAUCCAUGCGAUGGAAACCCCUGUAAAAAUAGUGGUGCUUGUUCAGCUGAGUCUUGUAACUAUUGGUGCAGCUGCCGAGCGUGCUUUUCUGGGGAUAAUUGCGAAGUUUAUGAUAAUCCUUGCGAUGGGGUAAACUGUAAUGGCGGUCAGUGUGAAGUCAUUUCGACUACCACUAGGUGCACCUACGAAUGUACAAACUGCCCGUAUAGCUACUCAGGAAAUAAUUGUGAAACAUAUACUAAUCCAUGUACAUUUAUCAACUGUAAAAACGAAGGAACGUGUGUGGUAACAUUCGACCACCAAGCUGUUUGUCAAUGCAAAGAAUGUUAUUCUGGCAUUUUGUGUGAACAAUACCAAAAUCCAUGCGAUGAUGUCGUAUGCAAAUAUGGUGGUAUUUGUCAAUUGGCGAUAACAAGUGGCCAGUGUGGAUUCCAAUGCCAAUGUCAAACUUGCUAUUCUGGAACUUGGUGUGAAAAUUAUCAAAACACUUGUGAGGACGACGUAUGUAAGCAUGGUGGUACUUGUGAAGUGACAACAACCAAUGGUCAGUGUGGAUUCCAGUGCCAAUGUCCAACCUGCUAUUCUGGAACUUGGUGUGAAAAUUAUCAAAACACUUGUGAGGGUGACGUAUGUAAUGGUGGUAUUUGCCAAGUGACAACAACCAAUGGUCUGUGUGGAUUCCAGUGCCAAUGUUCAACGUGCUAUUCUGGAACUUGGUGUGAAAAUUAUCAAAACACUUGUGCGGGCGACGUAUGUAAACACGGUGGUGUUUGCCAAGUGACAACAACCAAUGGUCAGUGUGGAUUCCAGUGUCAGUGCCCAACGUGCUAUUCUGGAACUUGGUGUGAAAAUUAUCAAAACACUUGUGAAGGUAACAUAUGUAAUGGUGGCACUUGCCAAGUGACAACAGCCAAUGGUCAGUGUGGAUUCAAGUGUCAGUGCCCAACGUGCUAUUCUGGAAUAUGGUGUGAAAAUUAUCAAAACACUUGUGCGGGUGACGUAUGUAAACACGGUGGUAUUUGCCAAGUGACAACAACCAAUGGCCAGUGUGGAUUCCAGUGUCAAUGCCCAACGUGCUAUUCUGGAACUUGGUGUGAAAAUUAUCAAAACACUUGUAAAGGUACCGGUAACAUAUGUAAUGGUGGCACUUGCCAAGUGACAACAGCCAAUGGUCAGUGUGGAUUCCAGUGCCAGUGUCCAACGUGCUAUUCUGGAACUUGGUGUGAAAAUUAUCAAAACACUUGUGCGGGAAAAGUAUGUAAGCACGGUGGUAUUUGCCAAGUGACAACAGCCAAUAACCAGUGUGGAUUCCAGUGUCAAUGCCCAACAUGCUAUUCUGGAACUUGGUGUGAAAAUUAUCAAAACACUUGUGCGGGCGACGUAUGUAAUCACGGUGGUACUUGUGAAGUGACAACAACCAAUGGUCAAUGUGGAUUCCAAUGCCAAUGUCCAAUCUGCUAUUCUGGAACUUGGUGUGAAAAUUAUCAAAAUACUUGUGCGGGCGACGUAUGUAAACACGGUGGUGUUUGCCAAGUGACAACAACCAAUGAUCAGUGUGGAUUCCAGUGCCAAUGCCCAACAUGCUAUUCUGGAACUUGGUGUGAAAAUUAUCAAAACACUUGUGCGGGCGACGUAUGUAAACACGGUGGUACUUGUGAAGUGACAACAACCAAUGGUCAAUGUGGAUUCCAAUGCCAAUGUCCAACCUGCUAUUCUGGAAAUUGGUGUGAAAAUUAUCAAAACACUUGUGCGGGCGACGUAUGUAAACACGGUGGUGUUUGCCAAGUGACAGCAACCAAUGGUCAGUGUGGAUUCCAGUGCCAAUGUCCAACUUGCUAUUCUGGAACUUGGUGUGAAAACUAUCAAAACACUUGUGAUGGUGACGUAUGUAAGCACGGUGGUACUUGCCAAGUGACAACAACCAGUGGUCAAUGUGGAUUCCAAUGUCAAUGUCAAACGUGCUAUUCUGGAACAUCGUGCGAAACCUAUUUUAACCCCUGUGAUGCUGUCGUAUGUAAAUAUGGCGGAAUUUGUCAAGUAACACGGAGUAAUGGACAGUGUGGAUUCCAGUGUCAAUGCCCAGUGUGUUAUUCUGGAACAUGGUGUGACAACUAUAGUGACCCCUGUGAAAAUAACCCUUGUGGUGAUUAUGGAACGUGUGUUGCAAACGGAUGCAAUUUUCAGUGUAUCUGCCAUACCUGUUAUAUUGGAAACUUAUGUAAAACAUAUCAAAACACAUGUGAAGGAGUCGAAUGCAAAUAUGGUGGUACUUGCCAAGUGACAACAAAUAAUGGACAGUGUGGAUUCCAGUGUCAAUGUCAAACGUGCUAUUCUGGAACCUGGUGUGAUAACUACAAAAACCCUUGUGAAAGUAACCCUUGUGGUGCUAAUGGAGCAUGUGUUGCAAACGGGUGCGAUUUUCAGUGCGUCUGUAAAACUUGCUAUAUUGGAAGCUUAUGUGAAACAUAUCAAAACACAUGUGAAAGUGUCGUAUGUAAACAUGGAGGUAUUUGUCAAGUAACAACAACCAAUGACCAAUGUGGAUUUCAGUGUCAAUGCCCAACGUGCUAUUCUGGAACAUGGUGCGAAAAUUAUAGUGAUCCUUGUGAAUAUAACCCUUGUGGUGAUUAUGGGACAUGUGUUGCUAACGAAUGCAACUUUCAGUGCCUCUGUCUACCUUGCUACACUGGAGGCCUAUGUACAACUUACAACAAUCCAUGUGAUGGAGUUAACUGCAAUGGAGGUCGUUGUGUUGAAAUAUCCACUGACGUACUAUGUUCAUUUAAAUGCAUUGAGUGUCCGCCCUACUACUCGGGAAACCUGUGCGAUCAAUUUAUAGAUCCAUGUGAAACAUGGGACUGUAAGAAUAAUGGAGUCUGCUACCUGGUUCCCGUAACUGGACCUAGUUGUCAAUGCCAGGCAUCUUGUUACUCUGGCCAAUACUGUGAAAUAUAUGACAAUCCAUGUGAUUCUUCACCUUGCAAAUAUAACGGUCUAUGCCUCUCCGAGGGUUGCAACUACUGGUGUAAAUGUCAAGCAUGCUACUCAGGGGACCAAUGCCAGUACUACCUAAAUCCUUGUGAUAGUGCUGACUGUAAUAGUGGAACAUGUACCGAAAUAUCAACGACCGAUGUGUGUAGCUACGACUGUACAUGUCCAUCGUGCUAUUCAGGAGAAUAUUGCCAAUCAUAUAAUAAUCCAUGUGAUGAUAAGCCGUGUGGUGAUUACGGGUCGUGUUUUGCACUUGACUGUAACUAUUACUGCCAGUGUGAUUCCUGUUACUCUGGAAAUCAAUGUACAGAAUACAAUAAUCCUUGUAAUGGCGUUAAUUGUAACGGAGGAACAUGCACUGAAGUGUCAACGACAGAUGUAUGCACCUACGAAUGUACAUGCAAGUCGUGUUAUUCCGGGUACAAUUGCGAGACAUGUAAGAGCUUAAGAUACAGUAGCCCCUGUGAUAAUAACUCUUGUGGUGCUUAUGGUACAUGUGUUGCAAACGGAUGCGAUUUUCAGUGUAUCUGUCAACCUUGCUAUACUGGAAGCUUAUGUAAAACCUAUAACAAUCCAUGUGAUGGAGUUUCUUGCAACGGAGGUCGCUGUGUUGAAAUAUCUACUGCAGUUGCAUGCUCGUACCAAUGCGUAGACUGUCCACUAUACUUUUCAGGAAACGAUUGUGACGAAUUCAUAGAUCCAUGUGAAACUUGGGACUGUAAGAAUAAUGGAGAAUGCUACCUGAUCCCUGUCACUGGACCUAGUUGUCAAUGCCAUGGUGAUUGCUACUCUGGCCAAUACUGUGAAAUAUAUGAUAAUCCAUGUGAUCCUUCACCUUGCAAAUAUGACGGUUUAUGCCUCUCCGAGGGUUGCAACUACUGGUGUAAAUGUCAAGCAUGCUACUCAGGAGACCAAUGUCAGAACUACAAUAAUCCUUGUAAUGGUGAUUACUGCAACGGGGGAACAUGUACCGAAGUGUCAACAACAGAUGUAUGCACCUACGAAUGUGCAUGCCGAUCGUGUUAUUCCGGAAACAACUGCGAGACAUAUAACAAUCCCUGUGAUGGAGUUUCCUGCAAUGGAGGUCGUUGCGUAGAAAUAUCUACUGACAAUGCGUGCUCGUACCAAUGCGUCGACUGUCCACCCUACUAUUCAGGAAACCACUGUGACGAAUUCAUAGAUCCAUGUGAAACAUGGGACUGUAAGAAUAAUGGCGUCUGCUACCUAAUCCCGAUCACUGGACCCAGUUGUCAAUGCCAGGCAUCUUGUUACUCUGGCCAAUACUGUGAAAUAUAUGAUGAUCCAUGUGAUUCGUCACCUUGCAAAUAUGAUGGGUUUUGCCUUUCUGAGGGUUGCAACUACUGGUGUAAAUGUCAGGCAUGCUACUCAGGGGACCAAUGCCAGAACUAUCUGAAUCCAUGUAAUAAUAUUGACUGUAAUAGUGGAACAUGUACCGAAAUAUCAACGACCGAUGUGUGUACCUACGAAUGUACAUGUCAAUCUUGCUAUUCAGGAGAUGCUUGCGAGACAUAUAAGAACCCAUGUGACAAUAGACCAUGUGGUGAUAAUGGGUUGUGUAUUGCACUUGGUUGUGACUAUAAAUGCGUGUGUGACCCAUGCUAUUCAGGAGACCAAUGUACAGACGUAUUAAACCCAUGUGAUAAAAUAAAUUGUCAUGAAGGAGUAUGUGAAGUAUUGGACACAGGCAACGAUUGUGAGAGCCAGUGUGUGUGCCCGGAAUGUUUCUCAGGCGAAUAUUGUGAAAUAUUUAAAAGCCCUUGUGAUGGGGUAACGUGUGAAAAUGGAGGUGUAUGCGAAAUUGCCCUUAAUGGCGAUAGUUGUACUUCGAGAUGCAAAUGCCAAGAAUGCUUCACUGGUAACACCUGUCAGAUAUAUGAAAACCCAUGUGACAACAAUCCUUGUGGAAACAAUGCGUACUGUGUGUCUGAGGGAUGCAACUACUGGUGUAAAUGCGACCCAUGCUACUACGGCGAUUUGUGCGAAUAUCAAAACCCGUGUGAUGACGUUGUAUGUGCAAAUGGCGGUACGUGUCAAGUGACGACAACUGGUGACGUAUGUGGAUUCCAGUGUCAAUGCCCAACGUGCUAUUCCGGAACGAAGUGCGAAAACUAUCAGGAUCUCUGUUAUGGUGUCGUAUGUAAACAUGGUGGUACUUGUGAAGUGACGGCAAUCAAUAAUAAGUGUGGAUUACAGUGUCACUGUCCAACUUGCUAUUCUGGAACUUGGUGUGACAAUUAUCAAAAUCCGUGUGCUGGUGAUGUAUGCUCAAAUGGUGGUACUUGCCAUGUAACAACAACUGGUAAUGUAUGUGGAUUCCAGUGUAUAUGUCCACUGUGCUAUUCUGGAACGAGGUGUGAAAACUUUGGGAACCCAUGCGACAAUUUUGACUGUAAACAUGGAGGUACAUGUAGACUGGCAAGAGGAGAUAUAAGUUGCGCUGCAAUAUGCGAAUGUAAAGAUUGUUACUUUGGAGAUUAUUGUGAAUCAUACAAUAACCCUUGUGCAAGUAGCCCAUGUGGUGUUUAUGGGACCUGUGUUGCCACCGGAUGCAAUUAUCAGUGUGUAUGCCAAGCUUGCUACGCUGGGGAUUUCUGUCAGACAUUCGAUGAUCCAUGUGAUAACUAUGACUGUAAAAAUGGAGGAAAGUGUAAAGUGGAAAUAAGAAGUGACAAUUCCUGUUUGGCAAAAUGUGAAUGUGAUGACUGCUACUAUGGAGAAUAUUGCGAAUUGUACCACGACCCAUGUGCAAACAACCCCUGUGGUAUUUAUGGGACUUGUGUUGCCGACGGAUGCAACCAUCAGUGUGUAUGUCAACCUUGCUACACUGGGGAUUUAUGUGAGACAUUUGAUGAUCCAUGUGAUAGCUGUGACUGUAAAAAUGGAGGAACAUGUAAAGUGGCAAUAGGAAGUGACAAUUCCUGUUUGGCAAAAUGUGAAUGUGAUGACUGUUACUAUGGAGACUAUUGCGAACUAUAUCUGAAUGAUGCUUGUAAUGGCCACGGCUGCCUUAAUGGUGGCGUAUGUAUUGCAACCACAUGCAAUGUGUACACAUGUGAUUGUCCGACGUGUUACACUGGCCAAAAUUGUACAGAACGAAUUGAUCCAUGCCGUUCUAAUCCGUGCUUAUACGGUGGAAUAUGUUCACCAAAAACGACCUCUACAUGCGAUGAAUAUAAAUGCUGGUGCCCACGAGGUAGAAGUGGCGAUCGAUGCGAAACUAAUAGUGGCUACAUAUGGGGAUAUUAUUGAGUGAGUGAAAUAAACUGAAAUUCUGUAAACAUGAGUUUGUAUUUAUACUCACUGGCAGACAACAGACCAAAUAUGAAAUAAUUUAUAUGUUAUAGCAAAUAUAUGUAUAGAGUUGUUUAAGUUGUGAUGCAUAAUUAUGAAUCCUUGUUUUGUGUUCGUUUUGAAACAGAAUAAUAAUAGUAGUAUAAAAAUAUUAAUGUUAAAAAAAUGUAUUAGUAUAAUCAGACUGGCCUAUACAUAUAGUUUAGGCAUAUGCUAUAUAACUUAAAAACCAGUUUACAAAAAAAAAUACCUCACAAAAUUAGUACAUUUAAUAUAAAUUUCUGUAAAUUAGUCUUAAGACGAUGCUAACUGAAUAAAGAUAUUUUAUGGUAAUAUUUAUACAUUUAUAGUUAUAUAAAGUAUUUUAAUUAUUUGGACACAUUUAUUUAUAGAUAUUGGUAUAUUUUUAUUCAUGUAAUAAAAUCAUAAAGUGUUAAUUGUAAUGUUUUGUGUUUAUGGAACAACGUUUGAGUUUCCUUGUAUGUUACAGAGCAACCACUAAUUAUUAAAGAAUUAACUAAUAAAAUAAUGAAGUUAAGUUUCUGAAAAUGUUCAUGAGAGUCUUAUUUUGUAUAGGGAAACAUUGGCUUCUUUCAAAAAAUCUCUAUUAAAUCUUGAUUUCACAAUUGUUUAAUAUGGUGAAAA